AUGGCGUCACUCAACCUGUCCACAAACGGACCCUCGAUCAAGAGUAGCUACCAGGGAGUCAUCAACGGCCCGCCCCCGAGCUCGAGCUCACCGACAUAUGCUCAAUGGGCUCUGUUCUCGGUUCAAGCUCCUCUGGCCAACGCUUUCCAAGAUACUGGGGCUAAGGAGAGCGUUCUCAAGGUCCAAAGUACUGGAGAUGGCGAGCUCUCGGAUCUGAUCGAAGACUUUAACGAGGGUCGCAUCCAAUUCGCCUUUGUCAAGGUCAAGGACCCUAAUUCUGGUCUCCCCAAGAACGCCCUGAUUGCGUGGUGUGGAGGCGGUGUCCCCGAGCGGACCAAGGGCUACUUCACCACGCACACUGCUGCCGUUUCCAAGAUCCUCCACGGCUACCACGUCCAGAUCACCGCUCGUUCAGACAGCGAUCUCGAGCCCGAGAGCGUCAUGCGCAAGAUUGCCGAUGCCUCCGGUGCCAAGUACUCAGCAGGCGGCUCCACGGCUUCCCCCGCCCCACCGCCAGUUGCUUCCAAGCCCGUCUUCACUCCCACCACAUCAUCGGUCGGAUCCGUCAACCCAAUCGUGGCCGCCCGAAACCGCAAGCCCGCGAACGUUGACGAGGAUGGCUGGGGUGCUGACGCCCCGCCGGUGACCAGGUCUCAGCUGGAGAAGGUCGCGCCUGCAUACAAGCCUACCAAGGUUAACAUGGCGGAGCUCACGAAGCAACGACAAGAGCCGGCCAGCGGCUUCAACGGAAACAACUCUCAACAAGACCAAGCCGAUGUUGUGAAGGGCGGGUAUCAACCAAUUGGUAAGGUGGAUAUUGCUGCUAUCCGUGCGGCCGCGAAGGAGAAGAACGAUGACAGGCCGGCCCCGGUGAAGGGUGCGUAUGAACCUAUUGGCAAGGUUGAUAUCGCGGCCAUUCGUGCCAAGGCACAAAAGCCUUCUGAGCCGGAACCCGCCGCGGAACAGGACGAACGCCCCAGGUCUUUGGCCGAGCGCAGUGCUGCCUUCAACCAGCCUCAGUCAGAACGCCUGACAUCUCUCCCCAAACCCAAGGUCGCUAACAAGUUCGGUGGAUCAACCUUCACCGGCACCAAGGCCCCCGCCCCUGGUGGUCUUGGAUUCGGUGCGCCCGCCGCUCCAGCUGCUGCUCCCGUCGGUGCUGCCAGCCGAACGUUCGCCGACCAGGGCGGCAAGACUCCUGCCCAGUUGUGGGCUGAGAAGAAGGGCAAGCAAGGAGGCUCGGUUUCGAACGUCGUGUCGCCCCCGGUCACCUCCCCCAUCGGCGUGCAAAAGAGCGGAGAGUGGAAGAGUGGCUACGCUGGCAAGUCCUGGGCUACCGUUCAGACUGGCGAGUACGGCCGUGGCAUCCCUGGCAAGAUCAGCCAAGAAAACACCGGCGAGGAACGCGAAGCGCCCACUUCUCCCAGCGGCGGUGUCGGUGCUCUUCGUGACCGCUUCAAGGGUGCAGCUCCCAUCGCUGUCGGUGCUGCUGGUGUUGCUGGAGCUGGUGCCGCCGCUGCCGCUUACGCUUCUCGCGACGACGAGGAAGAGGAGGAAGCCCCUCCUCCCCCGUCAGCCGACAGCCGUCCCCCUCCCGCCGGCGGAUUUGCUCUUCCCGGUAUGCCCCCUCGGCCUGCACCGGAGGAGGAAGAGGAGGAGGAGCCCGACUCGCCAAUUCGCGUCGCUCAACCCGUGGCCCGUGGAGAAGAGGUGGAGUUCGAAGCGCCUGUCGAGAGAGACCCCCCCAGGCCUAUUCCCACGCAGCAGAUCGAGCAGGAGCUCCCGAGAGAGGAAGAUCUUCAGGAAGAGACGCAAGACCUCGGUCGUGGCGCCGCGGCAGCUGUUGCCCAGCAGGAGUUUGGCCAGGAGCAGGUUGCCGCAGGUCAAGCACAAAGCGGCGGCCACCGUGCUUUGAUUCAAUACGAUUACGAGAAGGCCGAGGACAACGAGCUCGAGCUUGUAGAGGGCGAGUAUGUCACCAACAUCGAGAUGGUUGACGAGGACUGGUGGAUGGGCACCAACUCUCGCGGCGAGAGCGGACUCUUCCCCAGCAACUACGUAGAGCUUGUCGACGACGAGCCCGAGCCCGAGCCAGCACCCGCGGCGCGAGCUGCACCCCCUCCCGCGCCGGCUCAAGCGGAACCGGAGCCGGCGCCGGCGGCCGGUGGUGGCCGGACAGCCACGGCCCAAUUCGACUACGAGGCCGCUGAGGAUAACGAGCUCUCAUUCCCCGAGAACGCUACCAUCACGGACCUCGAAUUCCCCGACGAGGACUGGUGGUUCGGCAGCUAUGGCGGAAAGCAGGGUCUAUUCCCUGCCAACUACGUCCAGUUGGACAACUAA